AUGGCUUCGUCCAAUCCAGCUUCGGAUCAAUUCAAGGUCAUCAUUGCCGGUGGCAGUCUCGUGGGCCUCGGCCUAGCUCUAGCGUUGGAACGUGCCGGAAUUGAGUACGAGCUUUUUGAAAAGGGAGAAUUCGCAACACAGCUCGGGGCUUCGAUUGGAAUCCAUCCGCAGACCAUUCGGAUCUUAGAGCAGUUGGGAGUCUGGGAAGACAUUGAGAAACAGGUUGUACCUCUGCAACAUCGAAACCAUUAUGAUGGAAACGGUCACUGCUUUGAGGAGUCGCAUGUGCUAGUGGAAAUUCAGGAAAUUCUCAAACGACCUAUUAUCUUUGUGGAGCGGUGCAAGGCUCUGGAAGCUCUAUAUAACCAUGUGAAAGACAAAUCGAAACUUCAUGAGCAUACCGCGGUUGUUGGAUAUGAAGAGACCGCCCAGGAUAUUACCGUCACCACUGACGAUGGUAAGCAACACCACGGUCACAUACUCAUCGGUGCGGAUGGAAUUCACAGCAGAGUGAGAAAGUUGAUGGCCGACAAAAUCAGUAUGACGGAUCAGUCACUCGCCAAGGAAAUCAACGAGGGUAUGUACAGCCCCUUUUUGAUGUGUCUGCUGAAAGCCUGCAUAACUAACCUUUUCCGAUGGAUAGCUUUCACGAGCGAAUACAACUGCAUAUUUGCUGUGUCUCAGAAAAGCGCCACGAACCAGUUCCUCCCUGAUGCAAUGGUACACAAUGUGUACUACUAUGACUAUUCUGCAAUUGCGGCGGCUGGUGUGCCGGGGCUCGUAUUUUGGUUCAUUUUUGUCAAGAACUCCCACCUCACGAGGACUCCCAAUUGCCCACGAUUCACGGAUGACGACGCAGAGGCCUGCAUUCAGAAGUAUGGAAGCUCUCUGGUAGGUCCUGGGUACACCGUGAAAGACCUCUGGGAUGCUCGAGUCAAAGGAACAAUGGUCGCUUUGGAGGAAGGGGUGGUUAAACAGUGGAGGCAUAACCGGGUGGUAUUGAUGGGCGAUUCGGUUCACAAGGCCACAAUCAACCCCGGAUUAGGUGGCAACUUGGCCUAUGAAGGCAUCGCUCGUUUCACCAACAGACUCGUGCCUUUAUUGAAAGAAACCCCUAUGCCAUCCCUUGAACAGUUGACCGGCGUUUUUGAUCAGUACAUUGCCGGUCAAAUGCCUCGAGCAAAGACAGUCGUUGACAUUUCCGGCCAGAUAACGCGGUAUGAAGCUCAAGAUACCUGGAUUCUCAAAUUUGCGGCUCGUCACAUUAUUCCCUGGGUUAGUGACAAACUCAAGGCCAACCUGUAUGCCAGUUUCUCAAAAGGUGGCCCUUGGUUGGAAUAUCUCCCGUUACCCGCGAUGGAUACAGAUGUAAAAAGCCCCCCACAGGUCUCGAGCCGAAGAAUUCAUCCAAUGCUGAUUGGAGGCAUAGUCAUAGGCGGUGCUGCUACUGUUUGGAAGGUGUAUAUGCGGAGCCGCUAG